AAGUGCUCGAACAUACCUUAUUUCGUGAACACGUCUCGGUACAACAACAACUAUGUACAGCUAUCUCUACCAUCCGGUACUGACCAUCUUCGGACUCAAGACAAGAGCAUGAAGGUCCAGAAAAUUAUUGUUAUUCAUCCAGGAUCUCUUAAUUUAAGAAUUGGGCGCGCUGGUGAGUUGAAUCCUAUUACAAUACUCCAUGGAAUUGGAAGGCGACGUAAAGAUUCACACCAAUAUAACACAGAAUAUCAUGACCCACUCCAACCAUCGACCAUUUCCGCAAGUAGCGAAACAAUUCAAGAAUUCGAGGAAAGCAGACUUCAUGUUUCGCACUCCAUUCAAUCUCAUGUAACACAAUACGAAGACCGUGGUGGUGGUGCGAAAAGACUACGCAUAGCCACACCACCCCAGCAAAUCGCCACAUUCAAUAGACGGUCAUUACCAGAGGAGCUACCUUUUGAUAGUGCUGGAAAAAGUGAGAAAAGUAAGAUGGUUAAGGAAGAUGUAACAACGACAAAGCAAUUGAAGGAGAACAUUUUUGACGAAGAAAUAUUAAUGUUGGGAGCCAAUGAAAUCAAAGACUAUAACAUCCACUUUCCCAUGAAGAGAGGUGAGCUUAAUUUGCAUGCCAACGUCGGAGGAUCCUUCAGCUCUGUGCUCUCAGACUUGGAAUCAAUUUGGGCAUAUGCAAUUGAAAAUCGAAUGGCUAUUUCUCGCAAAUCUCUCGAACAGUAUGGUGCCGUUUUAGUCAUUAAUGAUGUCUACAACAGAAGUGUUCUAAAAGAAAUGGUAACAUUACUGUUGCAGCGCUUGAGAUUUCGUGCAUGCAUAUUAGUGCAAGAUCACGUUUGCUCAACUUAUGGAGCUGGCUUAGGCUAUGCGUGCGUGGUUGAUUUGGGCGACCAAAAAUGUUCGAUUUCGUGCGUUGAGGAUGGUAUUUCUCACCCAGAUACUAGGGUUCGUUUGGGUUAUGGUAGCGGUGAUGUGACGCAAGUACUGUUUGCUUUGCUCAAGAAGUGCAGUUUUCCCUAUAAAGAAUGUAAUAUCGACAAUGAUUACUCUGAUGCUGCUCUCAUAAAGAAUUUAAAGGAACAAUAUUGUCAUUUAAAUCUGGAGGUAUGUGGGGCGCAAGAAAAAACUUUCGAGGUCAGAAAACGGACAAAGCGAUUGCGUUAUACAUUUCAAAUGGGCGAUGAAUGCGUUGUGGCGCCAUUGUCACUCUUUCAUACAGAAUUACUAAACAUUACAGGCAAGCCAAAGCUUGUACGUCUACAGAUACGCUGCAGUCAACAAUCUGACCCAGAAGAUUGUUUCGAUGCAGAAUACAUAAGGGAAACUGGGCGUGUUCGCAAUGGCAGGGGAGAUCAGCUACUUGACGGAGUAAUGCCUAUUACCGGUGAUACACCCGACGAUGAACUGGUUGUAGUAGAUAACUUUGAUGUAGACGAUCGUUUGGCCAAUGUGCGUAAUACAGAUAAAGAAGAACAAAUUUAUUAUUCAUCUACCAGUGGUCAAAUUGUUUCUAUUGAUUUAGCCAUUGUUCGCAGCAUUGAUCGUUGUCUUUCCGAUGAUUUAAAACGUAAAAUGUAUGGCAGCAUUUUACUUGUAGGUGGUGGAAGUAAAUUAAAUGGUUUCUCGAAAUGGCUGGAACAAAAAAUCAUACUGCAUGUGCGUUCGGGUGAAAAUCUACCACAUGAGGUAAACGUUUGUGUUAAGGAAAUGGAUGCAAGUAUGAUUGCUUGGAAAGGAGCUGCCAUUUUGUCUAUUUUAGAUAGUGCCCAAGAACUAUGGCUACUUGCAGAGGAGUGGGAAAAAUAUGGCCUACGAAUUUUGAGGGAAAAAGCUUCUUUUAUGUGGUGAAUCCUGUGAAUUGAAUAACCUUUUUUCAUAACAAUGGAUCUUAAUAAUUAAUAAAUAAAACAACAACAAAAAUAAAAUUGAAAUAAACA